AUGUCUCAAGGUCUGAAGACCUUUCAGCAACUGGAAAAGCUAGGUGAGGGCGCCUAUGCAACGGUCUACAAAGGUCGGAACAACCAGACCAAUGAGUUGGUGGCCCUAAAAGAGAUUCACCUCGACACCGAAGAAGGGACACCGUCCACUGCGAUCCGUGAGGUCUCCCUGAUGAAGGAGCUCAAUCACGAGAACAUUCUAGCUCUGUACGAUGUGAUCUACACGGGUGAAAAGCUCGUGAUGGUGUCGGAGUACAUGGAAAAGGACUUGAGGCGUUUUAUGGACGACCAGGGUGGCGCUCUUGACCUCCCAACUACCAGGUUCUUUGCUCACGAAAUGCUGCAAGGCAUAUCCUACUGUCACGAGAAGAGCGUCUUGCACCGGGAUCUUAAGCCUCAGAAUCUGCUUAUUGGUCGGGAUGGACGUUUGAAGUUGGCGGACUUCGGCCUCGCUCGCACCUUUAGCAUCCCCGUCAACACUUUCUCGAACGAUGUGGUCACCCUCUGGUAUCGACCUCCAGAUGUGCUAUUGGGAAGCUGCUUUUACAACACCAGCCUCGAUAUCUGGUCAGCGGGCUGCAUCAUCGCCGAGAUGUACACCGGUCACCCUUUGUUUCCGGGCAACACCGAGGAUGACCAGCUGCUCAAGAUCUUUCAAGUGAUGGGUACCCCGUCCGAACAUACUUGGCCAGGCGUCAGUCAGUUGCCAGAAUUCAAGCCCUUUUUCCCUAUGUACUUGCCCCUAGAUCUGCGACAGCUGAUGUUCGGGGUGGAUUAUUUCGGGGCCGAUCUGCUAGAGCGCAUGCUGCAAUUGCGACCAGAGCUACGAAUCAGCGCCACCGAUUCUCUAUGCCAUCCUUGGUUUCAGGAUUUCUUUUCUCAGGCAGUCCCAUCAAACCCAUCCACACAGCACGUGCAUACACUUAUCUAG